UAUAACUAUGUAUUUCUUAACAUUUACAAUUCAUUACUUUUUGUUUGGUUUAUAUUUUAUAAAACAUUAAAUAAUCAUUUAUUAGUAAUUUUUUUUAAUAUUUUUUUGUUUAAUUUUUUAUUCUUUUAUGUUAUUAUUUACUUGGUAUUAUUUUAAUUUUAUAUUCUAUUA